AUGCACCUCCCGGAUUCAACUCUCGAUCAGAUCUCUAAACUUGCCCGAACCUUUCUCUGGAGUAAUGGCAGCAAUGUUCGUUGCUUUCACUCUAUUGGUUGGUCGGUUACUACACUUAAAAAAUCUGAGGGGGGGCUUGGUCUCAGAAACCUUAGGCUUGUUCGGCACUCUCUUAUGGCCAAAAACAUUUUUGCUAUUUUAAAUUCUGAUUCAAAGAUCUGGGUGGAUAUUUUCAAUCACAAAUAUUCAAAUUGGCAUCCUUGGUCUGUUGUCUCUCCUUCUAAAUCCUCUUGGUUUUUUAAAUCAAUUUCUCGCUCUGCUCAGUGUUUAAAAAUGCAUCUUCGUAUCCUUAGAGCUAAUCCUAAUGAUUUGGACUUGUUGAGGGAUCCUUGUCUGUUGGACCUUCCUAUCUUGUUUAAGCCAACUUACCUUAACAUGGACUUUAACUUUGAUAAUUUGCACUUUUCGGGCCUCUUUCUGGUGGACGGCAUUAAUACUCCCCUUUUUCACAACAUCUUUGGCCACAACAUUGACUGGGAUUGGAUCAAUACCAUCAGGUUUGAUCUUAAUUCCCAUAACCACUGGGUUUGGGGGCCCUCCUCCCAUUUUUCCUCAGUUGCUGCUGCUGUUUAUGAUUGUUUGAUCUCUUUUGACAUUAGCCCUUGGUCAGGCUGGAACUGCAUUUGGAAACUUUGUAUUUUGCCUCGCACUAAGACCUUUAUUUGGAAGCUUGGCCACGGCAAACUCCCUUCUGGUGAUUAUCUUUAUAAUCUUAAUAUUGGCCCUCCUUCUCUGUGUCCAUUCUGUGGUCUGGCUCCUGAGACGGCUUCCCAUAUCAUUUGGAACUGCUGUAAAAUUUAUCCUAUCUGGGAGUUUCUCUGUGCUACUUUCAAUUUGGAUCCAAUUAUUAUCUCUGGUUUUUGUUCGAGUAACUGGCUCACCUCGAGAAUUAGCUCUAUGUUUUCUAAUGAUUUUUUCAAAGCUCUUAUUGCCACUAUUGCUUGGAUUAUUUGGAAAGAUCGUUGUAAUCUUAUCUUCAAAAACUGGCAACCCAAAUUCCAUACCAUCUACUCGCGUGCUUGGCGCCUCUGUCAGGAUUUCUUCAAAUCUGUCGGCAAAGAUUUCAGGGAGUUUUCUUACCCCUCUUUAUCCUUUAGCUCUUGGAGAUCUAUUAAUCUUUUCACAGAUGCAUCUUGGUCUAGCUCUUCUGUGAGUUGUGGCUUGGGCUUUAUUGCUACAGCUCUGGCCAAGUCUUGCUUGCAGGAUCUGUGGGUAGCUGCUCGGAUUCUCCAUUUUCUGCUGAGAUUGCGGCUAUCCAUUUUGCGCUUGACCAUUGCAUCUCUAAAAACUGGCUUCCUAAUCGAAUUUUCUGUGAUUGCCCAGGUAUCUCUGGCUUACUCAAACACUUCGACAGCUGUGUGGCGUGGCGCUUUCAACCUAGCUAUUGACAGUCUCAAGAUCAAGCUUCUCAACUUCCCAUGUUCGGAUUUCAAAUCUAUACCCCGUUCAGACAACCUGAUCGCAGAUGCUCUCGCAAACUUUGGUCGUUCAAACCCGCAUUUAUCUCUUUUCGAUCAGGGCUUGGAUCGUCCCCGUUGGCUCGAAGACCUCUGCCGGAGUCUUCAUUUUUUCUUCUAG